UGGAAACCAUCGUGAACAAUUCUUGUUGAAUUCUUUACGAGGAGCUAACUGACGUGCUUCAUCCUCAUCUAUCAUCUUUCACUGGUGCCCCGUUAGUAUAUACCGAUAGCGCGGGUGGGGUUAUCAUUUAAUUAUAAUCCAUUAAAAAAAUCUGUGGACUUCCUCUAAUCUGUAUACUAUAGCCUGUGUAGAUAUUAAUCUGUCUUUGCAGUACCUACCUAUAUUAUUAUUAUAUUAGACUUUGUUAUUAUUACGAUGCUUACUUAUUACUAUACGCCUACGUAGUAAUCGCUACGUCGUAGCGUAAUAGUGUUCUGUGAUCAUUAUCUAUUUACAGUACUGUCCAUAUUACUUUUGAAAUAUGUACCUAUUGGUAGGAUUUCAAACACCGCUAAUUUCUCUACGUAGGUUAUGAAUGCUUUUGUUGGCAUUUUACCAAAAAUUGCUUUAUAUAACUUUGUUUCUGAUGCUUCCUAGUUGUAAAGUAAGGUCGAACAUUAUAAAUAAUGAACUAUAAUUAUCUGUUUAGUUCCUACUGUCUUAUUAUAUAAUUUACAAAAUGAAUGUUUUUAGUAAAUUGAGAGUUGUUUUUAAAAAAUAUCCCCUUUUAAGGGGAAUGGCAUCAUAUGGUGUAAUAUGGCCAAUAUCCAGUUUAAUACAACAAUCAUUUGAAGGGCGAAACUUUGAUAAUUAUGAUUGGUGGAGAACUGCACGAUAUGGUUUAUAUGGAUCUUGUUAUGUGGCUCCUACAUUGUAUACUUGGUUGACAGUAGCCAAUAUUAUAUGGCCUGGGAGUACAAUUCGUGCUGGAUUAAUAAAGACCUUUGUUGAAACCAUAACAUAUACACCAUUUGCAAUGUGUAGUUUUUAUUUUGGUAUGAGUUUACUUGAGUUGAAACCAGUUCAUGAAGCUGUUGCUGAAGUUCAAGCUAAAUUUUGGCCCACAUAUAAGGUGGGUGCAUCUGUGUGGCCAGCCGUUGCCAUGGUUAACUUUUGUUUAAUACCACCACGGAACAGAGUACCUUUUAUUAGUGUUUGUAGCCUUAUGUGGACUUGUUUCCUUGCAUAUAUGAAACAUUUAGAUAAAGAGGCAAUAAAAUCUAAGAAUAAAGCUGUUCCAUUUCUAAAAAUUAAUACAUGACAAAUUAUUAAAUAUGAUAGUAGCAAAAUUUUAUACGUAAAUAAUAUAUAUAAUUAUGGUUACAUGUAUUUAUUAUACCACUGUGCAAGAAUCACUUGUAUUAUAUAACUAGAUAAGAGUAGUAAAUUAUAGAAAUUUUAUUUAUUAACUAUACUUAAUCUCAUCUGCGAUAAUAUUGUGAUAAUUAGGUAGUUAAUUGAUGGCAUUAAAUGUCUAAUAUAAACUACAUAAAAGUUUAUUACGUACCUAUAAGAGACUGCGGAGAAUUAUCGGCACCUAUAAAUAGGUAAUCGAGAUUAGCCUUAUUUUUAAAAAAAAAAAAUAGGUAUCUAUAAGGAUUUACCUCAAAUAGGUGUUAAAAUGUUAUAAACAAGAUAUGUGAUCCGCUAGUUUUUUAAAUAAAUAUUUACAAACAUAAAAAA